AUGAGGCCUACUCCGGCAGUGAGUGGGGCGGACGGCCGCCGUCCCGCUACCCUGCAUCCCGGACCCCGUCCAGGGGCACGAAUCCAGAUGGACCCGGCCCUGUUCCCCUCCCUAUGGACCGGGGGGGUGAUCACGGUCCUCACCCGAUGGUACUCAAGAUGGCGGGCGCCAUGUGCGCAGGAGGCGGGAGGUCGACCUGCUCCCUCCCCGCGAACACAGACGGCAAAGCAGCUCCUGUCCUCCAACCUUGCAACACCGAAAGGCGGAGAAACACCCACCCACAGCCCAAGACAGCGUCAAGUUGCCCAAGUGACUCACAAGCUCAAAAGAUGGCGGCUGCUGCGAGGAGCUGGAGCGCCGCACGGCGUUCGCCCCCAUCUGAGAAACCCGAGCCUGGUACACAGCACAGAAAGCCGACCCAGUGCUCACCCCCCACCCUGCCCAAACCUGGAUGACCUAGGGGGCAAAGAACACAUGUGGGAGACACCAAGCGCUCCAUCAGGGUUGAAACCAACCAUGCAAGAAAUACCAGAGGCAAGUACAAUAUACCGAGGCUGCAGCCUGGGAGACCAAGGCGAGGACACCAAGGUACAGCAGUGA